GUAGCGGAAGAUGGAUCGGUCCAUCGUUGUGCUCAGUCUGGCCAUGUGCUAAACUUUCACUGACUUCUAUCUAACAUCUUAUGGUUCUGCUGUAACAUUUUCUCGGUUUAUUCCCCAACAUGGAGAACAUUACAGACGGCACGUGGGACAGCUUACCUGUUCAGAUAAACCAGAAGAUUUUACAAACUCUGGAAGAGUUGAAAUUCACUCACAUGACUCCUGUGCAGUCUGCUUGUAUCCCGCUGUUCAUGAACAAUAAAGAUGUGGCAGCUGAGGCGAUCACCGGCAGCGGGAAGACUUUAGCGUUUGUCAUUCCGAUCAUAGAGCUGCUGCUGAAGCGAGAGGAGAAGCUUAAGAAAAAGCAGGUUGGCGCCAUGGUGAUCACUCCUACUCGGGAACUGGCCCUGCAGAUCAGUGAAGUGAUGGGAACGUUUAUCCAGAAGUUUCCAGAGUUCUCGCAGAUUCUACUGAUCGGUGGCAGUAACCCAGCAGAGGAUGUGGAGAAGUUUAAGGAGCACGGAGGCAACAUUGUGAUUGCGACGCCCGGCCGACUGGAGGACAUGUUCAGGAGGAAGACGGAGGGGUUUGAACUGGCCAGCGCCGUCAGGAGUCUGGAGGUUCUGGUUCUGGACGAAGCAGACAGGCUGCUGGACAUGGGCUUUGAGGCCAGCCUGAACACCAUCCUGGGCUACCUGCCCAAGCAGAGACGGACCGGCCUGUUUUCAGCCACUCAGACCCAGGAGCUGGAGAAGCUGGUGAGGGCCGGCCUCAGAAACCCCGUACGGAUCACCGUCAAAGAGAAAGGUCAGGCUGCCGCCGCCGCUGCACAGAAGACGCCGUCCCGCCUCUCCAACUACUACAGCAUCUGCAGAGCGGAGGACAAGUUCAACAACCUGGUGGCGUUUCUAAGGCAACACAAGCAUGAGAAGAACCUGGUCUUCUUCAGCACCUGUGCCUGUGUGGAAUACUUCGGCCGAGCCUUGGAGUCGCUGGUCAAGAAGGUCACCAUCCACUGCAUCCAUGGAAAGAUGAAAAACAAGCGCAACAGUAUUUUUGCAGAGUUUCGGUCUCUGAAAAGCGGGAUCUUGGUUUGCACCGACGUCAUGGCCAGGGGCAUCGACAUCCCUGAUGUGAACUGGGUCCUUCAGUACGAUCCGCCCAGCAACGCCAGCGCUUUCGUGCAUCGAUGCGGGAGGACGGCGCGCAUCGGUAACUAUGGCAACGCCCUCGUCUUCCUGCUGCCGAUGGAGGAAACUUACGUCAACUUCUUAUCUAUCAACCAGAAGUGCCCGCUGCAGAAGAUGUCUCCCAUUAAGGAUGUGGUGGACGUGCUUCCCAAAGUGAAGGCCAUGGCCCUGGCUGACCGAGCCAUGUUCGACCGCGGGAUGAAGGCCUUCGUCUCAUACGUCCAGGCAUACGCCAAACAUGAAUGUAGCCUGAUCUUCAGAGUAAAAGAUCUGGAUUUUGUGUCCUUGGCUCGCGGCUUCGCUUUGCUCCGCCUCCCAAAGAUGCCGGAGCUGAAGGGAAAAUCGUUUCCUGAAUUCGCGGAGACGACCGUGGACACAGAGACCAUCCGCUACAAGGACAAAAACCGGGAAAAGCAGAGACGGAAAAGGCUGGCUGAGCUGAAGGACAAAGAAAAGACAGAGCUUCCCAAGAAGAGCUUUGUUAAGAACAAGGCCUGGUCCAAACAGAAGACCAAGAAGGAGCGCAAGAAAAAACGGGCCGCUAAAAGGAAGCACGACGAGGACUCUGAUGUGGAUGACGAAUACAUGAAAGAGCUUUUGGAAGACACGCGCCUCCUUAAGAAGCUUAAAAAAGGCCAAAUCAGUGAGGAAGACUUUGAUCAGCAGAUCGCAAAUCGACCAAAGUCGAAGCAAGAAGCAGAAGGACCCUAAAUUAAAGCUCAGGAGGAACCAGUCGUCUGUUUAAGGGUGUUUAUUAGGAGAACA